AUGUCUCAGAGCCGGACAAACACCAUUGAUUCUCAGACGUCGGCGCCUUACAUUGCGAGUCGGAACAGCAGUCAAACAAGUCUAAACCGUCAAGAUAUCCAGGAUGGCGGGACCGAGCGCCCCUCGACCGCAUCCACCCGGACGCCUGGCUCUGUAUCCCAAUCGCCAGCCACGCUCGCAGGUUUAGGCACACCCGCAAGCUCCACAGCAGGGCUAUCGGGGUUAGUAUGCAAUGUACACAGGACUACUGGCAGAGAGCCACAUCCGCUUGUUGGCGCAACCACGACUAUUUUGGGCGACAAACUCUAUGUCUUUGGCGGCCGAAGACUAUCACGAACAAGGCCACAGCUGACGUCGGACUUGUACGAACUGGACCUUGUUAAGCGACACUGGACAAAGGUGGAAACCAAAGGCGACAUACCGCCACCACGGUACUUUCACAGCGUUUGUGCACUAGGAGAUACCAAGCUCGUGUGCUAUGGUGGCAUGUCGCCUGCCAAUACCUCAUCAAACCAAGCCACUUCCGUAAUACAAGGCGCGCCUGCUGAUGCCCAGCCUGAAGUUGUGGUCAUGUCAGACGUUCACAUUUACGAUGCGCCUACGCGAACAUGGAUGCAUAUUGCUACGAGCGACGCGCCACAAGGUCGAUAUGCUCAUUGCGCCACCAUUCUGCCGAGUUCGGCCGUAUUCAGCUCAACGAGCGCUGCAGUAACCGCUAUACGUCACAACCCGCCUUCAUCGAAUCCAAACCAAGGAUCGCUCGGCGUUGAUCUAGAUGGCGAUGGUGGCGCGGAAAUGUUAGUGGUGGGCGGCCAAGACAGUGCCAACCACUAUAUUGAACAAAUUAGUGUUUUCAACUUGCGAAGCCUCAAGUGGACAGGAACUAGCACACUUGGUAGAAGCUGCGGUGCAUAUCGAAGUGUGGUCGCGCCAUUAACCAGCAUACACCCAAGUGAUAUUGGCGAAGGAAUACGGCCUGGUGACGAAGGAAGAGCACCCGACGAACAGGAGAACAGCACGAGCUACGAGUCUUCGAUGCUCAUUUACUCAAACUACAAUUUUCUGGAUGUUAAGCUUGAAUUGCAAGUACGGCAUUCCGACGGCACUCUUUCUGAAAAGCCAAUGCAUGGCAACUUCUCGCCGCCUGGGCUCCGCUUUCCAAAUGGUGGUAUUAUUAACAAUCACUUUGUAGUCAGUGGCACAUUUUUAACUUCAUCAAAGCAAGAAUACGCCCUGUGGGCGCUUGAUUUGCGUACACUAAGCUGGGGGCGAAUAGAAGCUGGAGGCAAUAUUUUCAGCCAAGGAAGUUGGAACAGAGGCGUGUUGUGGAAUCGUAGAAACAGUUUUGUGAUUCUGGGCAACCGUAAGAGAAGUCUGGUUGAGGAUUACAAUCAUCGACGUAUCAACUUCUCGAACAUGUGUGUUGUGGAACUGGAAGCAUUCGGAUUGUACGACAACCCACGUAAAGUUACGCCCGCGUCAGGCUUCCAAUCUGUAAGCGCGCCACCACUGCAUGACCGACUUGACGUGCUUGCUGGCGGCCGGACACUUUUACCUGCAGCAACCGAACUUGGACAAAUGGCUCUGGGCAUGCGGGAGUUUGCUGACAUGGACUUUCUUGCCUUGAAUGGCGAACGCAUCCCCGUCAACUCGCAUAUGAUUGCUCGGCGGUGGGGCCCAUACUUCAAUCAGCUUCUUCGCGAGAGCGCACAGAGCGCCGAGAAGGAGAGUGCCGAUGCAGCUACGCUGCGACCCACAGCUACUAUGCAUCCAUCACGCAACUCGAGCAUAACCAUCACACCUUCUAUCCGAACAAACUACUCAGCGGCCACAACACUCACGGCCAACACAAUAACACAAUCUGAGGUUACUGCAGUCUCAACAAACUCUUACUCUUCACUGAGCCCACCAGAAGCGUCAUCACACGCACCUUCUCAACGGCCUCGAACACUAUUCCUUCCCCACACUCACCUUACCCUUCAAGCACUGAUACACUUCCUAUACACAUCAUCCCUCCCACCGCAAAACUCGCAACUAUGUUCGCCACAGAUACUCUGUUCUUUACUCCAGUUGGCGCGGCCAUACCACAUCGAUGGCUUGUUAGAAGCAAUCAUUGAACGUCUGCACACCUUACUCGACAACCGGAAUACUGCAGCCAUCUUCAAUGCUGCCGCCAUGGCAGCCGGCGGCGGAUCAGGCAUCGCUUUCAUGGGCGUCAACGGUGUCACCGGUUCAAACGGAACGACAAACGGCUUUUCCACCUCUCAACUAAACAACAGCACCGGCUCUACCGACCUCGAACGCAGCUUCGACGCAGGACUACGUGCGCUCCGCCUCAACACCGACAUUGAGCGAAACAACGAUGACGAAGUCAGCUCAGCUGCAUCCGAAUCUACCUCUGCGUCGGCAUCGGACAGCGGCCUUGGAGACGGCAGUGUGAUUGAAGAGAGGGAAGUGUGGAAUGGCGAGAUUAGCGCUGUGGUUGGACUGCAGAAGCGUGGUCUCAGAGGAUUGAUGGAGGGCCGUAGGAUCCGCGAGAUGGGACGAAGCAGAGACAGGAGUAGGGAUGACGGCGGUAUGGGUAAUGGGGAUGGAGUCGGACUAGGCCUGCAAGGUGCUUGA